CGAAGCAGUGAGCAGAUGUUCAGUGUUCCUUACACCGGUCAGGUCAUUCACAUUGACCAGUAAAGGAAGUCGCGAUAUAAACUGAAAAAGAAGAUGUGCAAGUGGAGAAAGGUUACAAGCAGCAGCGACAGGUCCCUCACAGAUCUUCCUGAAGAAGAUUCCUUCGACGACGAUGUCUUCUCGGCUGCCGAAGGCCCCACAGAGGUAGACGAGUUACCCCUGAACGAGGGUGUGGACGAAGCUCGCGCUGCGGUUGACAUCAACAACAUCUAUGAAGGGUGGAGGAAAAAAAGCCUGCUUGAAAAACUUGACGCCGUUGCGUUGGAUUAUUGGGCGGGAGGAGCGGUGAGUUGGUGGUGGUGCUUCUGUCUCAUCACGCUGGCGGGAGUGAUGACUAGACUGUACCGCAUCACGGAGCCCAACGCUGUGAUUUGGGACGAGACUCACUUCGGCAAGAUGCUGUCCUGGUACAUCAACGGGACCUACUUCUUCGACGUUCAUCCUCCGGGAGGCAAGUUGCUGCUCGCUCUGUUCGGUUGGGCGGGAGGCUACAACGGCAGCCACCCGUUCACGGCGCCCGGUUUGAGCUUCGAGGGCUACUCCGGCGUGAUGGUCAUCAGGGUUGGAUGCGCUCUUCUGGGCGCCGCCCUCGUGCCCGUAGCCUUCGGCUGCGUGUGGACCAUGACCAGGCGUCUGCCAUCAGCAGUCUUGGCCGGCGUCUUGGUUGUUGCAGAGAUUGGCACUCUGCUGCUGACGAAGUACAUCCUAUUAGACGCUCCGCUGAUGUUCUUCAUGAUGGCUGCCUUUUUCAGCCUGUGCCGCCUGCAGCAUGCAACGCUUAGACAAGGGGCGUUCAGUGGGCCGUGGUGGACCAGCCUGGGGGCGACGGGCCUCUUCUUGGGUUGCGUGGUGAGCGUCAAGUUCGUGGGGCUGUUCACGGUGGCCGUCGUGGGGCUGCACGCCGCGUCGCAACUCUGGCACAUCUUCCCGUGGUCUUCUGCGCUCUCACUUGGGGCCCACGUCAUCGCCCGCGUGUUGUGCCUGAUAGUCGUGCCCGCCGCGGUGUACUUAGGGUGCUUCGCGGCACACGAUAUUCUCCUCUACAAGACGUUCAGUGCACACGGCAGCGAAGAAGCUGCCCUCAGUCCUGAGUACCAAAUGACCCUGCAAGGAAAUGUCCUGCACAACGGCAGUUACUCUCCUCAGGUUGUUUACGGAGGCUUGAUAACGCUUCGAAACGACCGUCUGGCGGGACCUUAUCUCCACUCCCACAACCUAACUUAUCCUGAGAAACACGCCCCAGGCAAGAAGCAACAAGUCACGGGAUACAGAGCUAAGGAUCACAACAACCUCUUCCGGAUAUUAUACCCAAUUGAUGAUCCGGACAGCCCGGCUCAGGUUUACUCGGACGGUCCGGAAAGCGUCCGUGACGGAGACUACGUCCGCCUCUUCCACCCGCUGACCAACACCUCGCUGGCCGUGGCCCCGCUUAGCGCCUUCGUCGUGCGCAAGCACAAACUGGUCUAUGCGGACCAUUACACGCUGCAGCAGCCUCCCGCUGAGAACUAUAAUCCUUUACUGGGGAAUACUCCUGACGACAUGAGUCACGAGCCACCUUCAUCCCAUAACUGGAAAAUCGUAGUAGCAGAAGAAGACAAAAUAUUGCACAAAAUUCUGCUUCAGCACCCGCAUGGAACAACAGAAAAUAACCCCGCCCUCGAGCCUCUCCGGACCCGCUUCUCACUCAUCAACCUAGAGUUUGGCUGCGCGCUCACCUGGUCUCUCGAGAAACUCGGAGCCAAAUGGGCCGAAGGCCAGGAGGAAAUUACAUGCAGCAAAAACCUCAAGGCACCGGAAGCUUUGUGGCGCAUCGAGGCAAAUCACAACCCCUACAACAACCACAACGUGAGUGCCAGGGAGUUGACACAGCCACUCUCAGCGUUAGGUCGUCUCGUAGAGACUCACCUGCUCAUGCACUGGACCAACGGUCACCUCAAACCUGACCCCGCCGAGCUGUACAGCCCCUUCUACCACCGGCCCUGGAUGUGGCCAAUUGUCUAUAAGUCGCAGCCGUGGUACGACGUGAACUUCCGUAUAGUGUUACUGGGCAACCCUCUACUGAUCUGGCUGAGCACCGCAGCCGUCGUCGCUGCCGCGGCGCUGCUGCUGCUCAGAGCCUUCAGGCGUAGACGGUGUCCCAGGCACCGCCUCCCUCAGGAAGAACUGACGUUGGAAUACUGGUGUCGGUGGCUGCUGGUGGCAUACCUCCUGCACCUAUAA